ACCUUCAGACCCUCUGCCAGGAGAAGGGUUCCCUGGGCAGCAACGCUGGGCAGCUGGUACUGGGAGACAGGGUUCAGCCUCUGCUCCCAGGUUCCUAGCCAGACCCGGGCUGGAACUGACUCCCCGCCCCUGAGCUGUGUGGCUUAAGGCAAGACCCUGCCCCUCUCUGAGCCUGUUUCCUUAUCUAUGAAGUGGGGUGAAUGACACCCUGUCGCUUUGCUGUCAUGGGGAUCUGACACGUGCCAGGCAUUGGACCGAGCAUACAGUAGGUGCUUACUAAGUGUGAGCGCUUGCCAACCAAGGUAGGCUGGCUUGUCCUGCCCCCACACUCCCUGGAGACAGAGCCCAGAGCGUAGCAGGCUGGACCCCCUGGAAUGGCUCUCUUCAUCACCACUCCUGCCCCUGCUGGGUGCUGGGGGCACUGCGGGGGGUGGGGGUGGGGGGCACAGACGACCGCUGGCACGAUGCUCCCUGCUGUGUCGGGCCUGAUCUGAGGGCAUGGUCCCCGAGUCCUGGCAUCCGGGAGAACCACGACCUGUGGCUAGGGCGGGGCUGAUAAGGCCUACAUCGAGCACCUGGGCCAGCCCCUCCCUUGGGGCAGCCUCCUUCCAGCUGCUCAGCUGCCUCUGGGAGAGGAAGGUAGGCCUCGGCGAACCCCUGCAUGUCUGUCCCCUGGACAGACAUCUCGCUGGCAGGUGGAGCGGGGGUGGGUAAGGGUCUGGGCCCUGCCUGUCCUGGUGUCAAUCAUCCCAGGCACACGGAGGCCUGGGGAGAGGCCACUCCGGCCCAAUACCACCCAAGGGUUGGGUGCUGGCUCCAGCCUGGCCUUUGUCCCCGUGGUGAGGGGUGACCUGGGGAUGGGGGGUGGCUCAGCCUCUGGUUGGUCAGUGACUUCAGCAGGUCCUGCCCUCCUUUGGGCCCUAGCUCCUCGGGCUGAAGUGAGAACUUGCUAGCCCCCCACCACUUUCAACUCCUCUUUACACAGUGGGGUGGGUGGGAGGUCCCAGAAGGCCAAGAAGUUUCUCUUCUUUUCUCCAACAGCCAGGCUGGGCUGAAAGGGGGUGGGGAGUGAGUGGAGCCUGGGGGCGCCUGGGGGUGGUGAGGGCCCUGGCCCAGGCCCCCACGCCCUGGAGACCCCCUCCCCGUCCUCUCCAGGGGGCAGCCGGGAGGAGAUCAUGGGUGAGAAUGGGUGCUGGGAGUCUCCAGCCCCUGGUUAAAUAUAGAACCAAGGCCCCUCCCACAGCCUACCCUGCGGGCUGCAAGGCCUCGAUAAGCCCCCAGUGGCCUGGGCCAGCCCCCUCCAGCCUGACCUCACCCCAUCCAGUGCUGGGACAUCCAGGGAAAGGGGUGGAUGUCCUCCACGGGGGCCCUUGAGCUCCACUUUGAGCAGAAGCAAUGAGCCUGAUGGCUGAAAGGGGGUGAGCUGAGGGGUAAGGGGGGCAGUGAAGGGGCUGUGAGGGGGUGGACACGCUAGGCCUCAGGACCCGAGGUUCAGGAAGCCCUGGACGUGGUUUCUAGGCCCACUCUGGGGACUGUGGGCUGCUGGCUGGGCUGAGCCCAGGAAUCUGCAUGUUCAUUUCCUCUCCAGCUCUGGUGGGAGGGUCUGGCCUGGCACACCCAGCGCACGUGGGUACCCAGGGGAGACUGUCAUGGAAAAUGGUGUCGGGGAUGUUUCCUGAUAGAAGUAGCUGUUCGUUGUCUGCAGAAAUAGCUGCAUCCUGGCACAAAGAUGGCUCAGGCCAAGGGAGCUGCCUCGUGACAUUUCCUCUUGACGUUUUGACAUUUCCUCUUGACGUUUCUUUUUCCAGUUUUUCCUUUUCCAGUUUUGGGGUCACCUCCGGUGGAGGGGGAAGCUUCCCUGACCAGCACCUGGGCCCCCACAUGCCCCAUGGGAUCUCAUGGGGUUUCGGUGUCUGCUCCCCACGACUGGUCACUCCCCCACCACCACCGCCCCAGCUGCCUGAGCUUCCCUUUCACCCCCAGCUGCGCUGACUCCGAGAUGCCGUUGCCACAGACAGAGGCCUCUGGGCCGGAGCCGCACCGCCCUCAAGAGCCCGUGGAGCCGCACACCCCAGCCCAGGGAGCCCGGCGGGCGAGCAGCGAGGACGCACCCCGCGCCCGGCCGGAGGGCUCCAGGCCUGGCCCGGGCACUUUGCGGAGGGCCUUCUCGAGGGUGAGCCAGCGGGCCUCGGGCCAAGACCCCCGAGGGGACACAGGGCUGCUCAGGCUCAGCGGCCGCUUCCUGUUCCGGUCUUUGCGACGCACUUCAGACAACGGUCCCGCCGGGGACCAGACCUCUGAGCCAGGGCUGGCCUGCGGCAGGAAGGGGUCCUCCAAGGCCAAGGAAGGUGUUGGCCAGCGGUCGUCCACGGGGACGGGGCCCGAGGAAGCCGAAGGCACAUCUGUGGCCGACCUCAUCUCCAAGCGGCAACUCCUGGCCGCCUUCGAGCACCUGCGGCACCUGGAGACGGGGCUAGUGGCCGAGAAAGCCUCGUGCACCUUCCAGCAGGACCCUACGGACUUUGCGCGGCGCGCCAUGGACGUGUGCCUGCACUACGACGGGCUGACCGCGGAGAUCGGCGCCAUCGUUUGCGAGACGCUGGGCCCGGACGGCGUGGACGCUGCCGCGCUCGCGGAGGUGGCCCGCGUUGUGCUUGCGGAAGAGGAGGCCCAUCCGGAGCCCCCUGCAGACGGCGACUUUCUGCGCACGCCGCGCGGCUGGCGCCUGCACUGGGAGAACGCGGUGCGGCGGAGCGCGGAGGAACGCGUGCGGCAGGCGGGCGCGGGGGAGGCCCCGGGGGCGGCCGACGCUACCCCCGACGUGGCGCGGCUCCUGGCCGAGCUCAGCGGUUUGGUUCGCAGCGACCUGCAGAAGGUGCAGCGGGAGGUGCACCCCGCUUACGCGGCCGCCGGCUUCCAGGCCUGGCAGACCUACUUGAGUGCCUUCCACGGCGCGGUGGCCCAGCGCUUCCAGGAGCUCACGCACGUCGCCCGCAGCUAUAAGCAGCUCUACGUGCUGCUGGACUGGGCCACCAACGUCUACGGCAGUCCCGAUUUCCUGGGCUCCCAGGACCAGACUGUGCCCUCGGAGCCGCUGCCCCCGCUCCUGGCACCGGACGCCUGGGCCCAACUGGAGGACGCCUGCACCAGCCUUCUGGAGACCGAGAUCGCGAGCUGCUUCAGUAGGAUCCUGCAGCUGGAGCAGGACCGCUGGGCGGCUGCGGAGGCCCCCGACGUGCUGCAGGGCAUCUACCGCACGACGCUGUCCUCGGACGUCUGCAUGCUCGUGGCGGAGCACGCGAAGGCGGCCGGCGCCAUCUCCACGAAGCUGGAGGCCACCACGUUGGGGAUCUGCGCGCGGGCGCUGGGGCUCUUCCUGCCCAGGUUCAAAAAGGCUUUUCUGGAGUCGGGGGCGGUGAGCGAGCCUAAUCUGUGCGCAAGCAUCAAUGCCUUCGAGGAGCUCAGGACUCACCUUCUGGCCAAGUUCCCAGAAAGCUUUGGAGAGCUGGAGAAGCCCCUGGUGGCUGCCACCUGCGCCUUUCAGAAGCAGCUCCUCCAGGGCUUGCAGGGCGAUGUGCAGCCGCUCUUCAGGGUCCUGUGCACCAAGGCCUGGCUGACCCAGGACCUGCUGAAGCCCCUCAUGGACAAGGUGGUGGCCUUCUCCCGCCUCCUUGAGCACAUGGCCCCACCCCUGGCCCAGGAGACUCUGCAAGAGGUGCACCGCUAUGUUGUCCGCGAGUACCUGGCGCAGGUGCUGAGACCCCACCAGCGGUUCCGGGGUGAGGACCGCCUGAGUGGCUCCAAGAAGAUGAGGCUCGAGGCGCAGGCCAUCACCAACACCUUCCAGGGCUUGGGCUCCGAAGCCACGUGGCUGGGCCAAGCUAUCUUGUGCGUGGCUGACAUAAUGGGCGAGACUCACAAGGACGACAUCAGGCGGCACCUGGAGACGCUCAUCAGAAGCUACCCUGACAUCAGGCGGGACCACGUGCUGGCCAUCCUAGCGCUGCGCCGUCUGGGCCACCGUCGGAACCAGCACUUCCUGCGCCACACACAGGCCCUGCUGAGGGCUGCAGCCAAGGCCGGCGGCUCCGGGGCCACAGGGGGCCGCGUGCUCUUCGAGGAGAUCGAGUUGUCCACCUCCGUGGGCAUGGUGAUCACCUGCAUCUAGUGCUGCCGGCCUGAGACGGAGCUGACCCCGGUGGAUGGAGGGGCGGCCACCUUCCCCUGGGCACCGGGCCCCAAGCUGGGGGCCCGGGAGGUAGCCUCAGCUCUGCCCCCAGGCCCGAAGCCCCGGGUCGUGGACUGUCCUGUCCAUCCUCCUCCUUAUGAUGGCCAGGAGGAGGAGCCCUGAGAGGCAUUCCAGGCAUUUGGAGGAGGGUUUGGUACAGAAGUUCCCUUCGGUUCUGCCCACCCAGGAAGGCCUCCCUGCCUAACUGUCCCACACCACCCCAAUAUGAAAGUGAAGAACAGGGUAUUUAUUUUUAAAAUAAACAUGAAUUAA